CACCAGCUCACGCACGCGCUUCACCGUUAUUUCUUCACAUUUCUUGACCUCCCCGUCUCUCCACACUUGCCUGCAAAUUUCUAUCCCUUUUCCUUUCUUUUUCCCUUUUGUUGUGCAUCUCUCUCUUCUCUUUCCAACAUCUUCUUCUUCUUCUUCUUCUUCUUCUUCUUCUUCAGCCCCCUUCACUUCCCACAAAUUUUACCCAUCUUUGCUUCUUUCUCAUAUCUUUUUCUUUUUGGGUUGUGCGAUCAGUAACUAACCAUGCCUUGGCCAUGGAAGAAGGCCAAAGUUUCAAGAAUUUCUCGUCUCGUUGCGGAUCUUCAACCACCCAGACCCAAUUCACUUGUUGUCGAGACCGGCUUUCCUACUUCUCUAGUUGAUCUUUUCGUUAAGAACCGUGACCGACUAAAGAAACCCAUCAAGAAGAGGAAGAAGCAGCAACAUCAGCAUCAGCAGUAUAGUGAGCCGCGCGUGGUUGAGGAGGUUGCCAUCUCCGAUCCUGUAGGCUUUUCGAACAGUAGAGAAUUGACUGUGGAGCCUGUUAUUAUUGAUGAAAAUUGUCAAAGCCAGGACAAUUUGGAGCUUCAGUAUAAUAAUGUCGAUAGAUGUGAAGUGUUGGCGAGAGAAGAUCUAAUUCUUGAUUCUAAUCAGAGUCUUAUGGGGUGUGUUGUUGUUGAUGGUAAUAGUGGCUCGAAUAGAAAAGAGAAACGCUUGUUAUUUUCAGUUUUGAAGAUGUUUGUUGUGAUAGCUUUGGCAUUAAGCACGACAAGAAUUGCUGUUGGGAUAACAAUGUCCGCUUUUCUUCUCAUCUUUCUUGAAUAUGUCGGACAACGUCCCAUUUGUUGGUUGAAAACAUGCUUAUUGGCCUUUCCAACUUUAAUCCAAAGAGUUCUUUCAUUGCUUCGACUUAGGAGGGAUUCCAAGAGAGAACGGAUCAAUGCAGAGGAGUAUGCUAGUGCUUCUGAUCACUGUCAUUUGGUUGAGAGUCUUGAAUCGGACUCUCCUGUCAAGGAAAUCCAAGUUGGGGAGCCAAGACUUAAUAUGGUUGGAGGAGUUGAAGCAAAUGGGAAAAUAGAAAAUCAAACCAUGUAUGAGUUAUUGAAUCAUGACAAGAGAUGGGAAAGUGAGGCUGGAGCUGUGGAUGAAGGUGGAAACUUGAUUUGUGAAAAAGAGCAUAGCAGGAGUUGUAAAAUCAGAAGAAAAAUCUUCAAGAAACUGAUGCCAAAGAAAUUUCAUACUAUAAGGAAAGGGAAAAAAGAGGAGAGGGAAGCAGAUUUCAGCAGUGAAGUGUCUGGUUGCAGGGGAGAGGAUAAAUUAAUAAAGGGUGAAGGCACAGAACAGCAAUAUAAUUUUGAUCAUCAAGGUUUAGUUUGCAAAGGUAAAUCAACACCAUGGCAAUUGCUGGAAGAUGAAAAAGAAGAAGAAGGAGAAAGAUAUAGAACAGAAGCAAAGGAAGAAUUUGAACAUAGAAGUUCUACUUCUAGUCAAACAGUGCACACUAAGCCAGAGAUGAUAGAAUUGGAAGAAAAGAUGGGUACUGAAAGAGGAGGCAAUUCAGGUUAUCUGAUCCUCUUUCUGAUCGUUCUUGCUGGACUGGUUGGAGGUCGAGUGCUAGCCCUUGUUAUUACAGUUGCAUCCUGCUUCAUGGUAAAAUUAGUCUGGAGACGUAGAAAAUGCGAGAAAUGAGCCAGCAAAUGCUUCCCAGGAUCACAAUCAAGCUAGGAUCUUGGCUUGUGUUUGUUCAGAGAGGACAUCUCUUUGUUCUUUUGAGUAUUGUUGUCAUGUUUGACUGCUGCCUGCAAAAAGCUUGUUCUUCAAUCAGCGAUAAUAUGGAUUUCCAACCUUUUGUUGGCAUUCCAAACUUGAUGGGUAGUAUCCUGAAAUGUAAAUUUUAUACACAUUCACAAAUUAUAUAUACUUUAUCGCUCAACUUAGCGAAUCAAUCCUUUUAUUCCAUCGUAUUUAUGACAUUCUCUAGCUGUUUCUAGCCA